AUGCCUAAAACCAAUAAAGAUAUAGAGAACCAGAUUCAGCUGGCAAUAGAGUCUCUCUCUGAGCAAUCUAAGCCUAAUAUUAGGAAGACUGCGCGAGAAUUCGCGGUUCCUGAAGGCCGUCUUCGUCGGCGCUGGCAAGGUGGAAAAUCGCUUUUCCAACGACAACCUAAUGGCCGGAAGCUUAGUAUUGCACAGGAGAAGGCUUUAUGUGAAUAUAUUGAUUAUUUUGAUGCGGUCGGAGCAUCAAUAAAUCGCCGUCAAAUUGCUAUUGCUGCCGAUUCAAUUCUGGAAGAAGAUCAUACCGACACCACCACAGAUCCCCCACAAAUUGGCGACCAUUGGCUAAAGCGUUUUCUUAAACGGUAUCCUGAGUACUAUAUACGACGUCGGCGAGCUCUUGAUGUUGAAAGAGCUACUGCACUGGAUAAAUCCGUUAUAGAGAGAUGGUUUCAAGACUAUCAACGUAUAGUGGCUAAAUAUGGCAUCUGUCAACAAGAUAUCUACAAUUUUGACGAAACUGGCUUCCAAAUUGGCGUCGGUCGCGAUCAAUUUAUUAUCACAAGACAUCCAAAAAAGAAGCUAUUUAAUGGCUCAGUUACCAAUCGCGAGUCUGUCACUGUUUUAGAGGCUGUUUCGGCUGAUGGCUUUACAUGCCCACCGCUGAUUAUUCUAAGCGCUAAACAAGCAUUACUACGUUGGUUUGAUAAAAUUGAAGACGACGAGCAUCUUGCUAUAACUGAUACUGGCUAUAUCAAUGAUACAUUAGCAUAUCAAUGGAUUCAGCUGUUUCAUAAAUGGACAAUUUCUCGUACCAUUGGGAAAAAGAGGCUAGUUUUAUGCGAUCGUUUUGGAUCACAUUUAACGCGUCAAUUUGUUGAAUUUUGUGAGAAGAAUGAUAUCAUUCUAUUCUUCUUACUCUCACAUACUAGCCAUAUACUACAACCUCUCGAUGUUGGAGUGUUUAGUGUAUAUAAACACUGGCAUAGUGAGGCAGUUGAGGCGGCUACAAUGACUGGAUGCCGUAAAUUUUCAAAGGAUGAAUUCCUACAUUCAAUCAGUGAAAUCAGACGCAAAACCUUCCGGCCACAUACAAUCAAGCUUGGGUUUAGAUUAACUGGCCUUUGGCCAAUUAAUUCUAAGCUUAUUACCGAUGAAUUGGAUUCGUACGAUCCAUAUUAUGAUAAUAUAUCCCGGGAAGAUACACCAUCAGUUAACUCACAAAAUACUGAGUUUAGCACCCCAAAAACCGCUGAGAGAGUUCGAAGAAUUAGCGAUCGUAUUAAUCAAUAUGAUCCUACUACUCAACGUUUUAAAGAAGGGCUAGCAAAGCUUGUAAAGGGUGCUGAGACUCAGGCAAUGUUGGCUGUCCAACUGCAACGGGAAUUCGAUUCUACACAAGCUAUUAUGGGAGCACGUCACGCUAGAUAUGAUGCUUCUCGCCGUUAUACGCAAAUCACUGGUAUUAUCAAUUCAAGCCAGAUCAAAGAAAUGAAGCUAAAAGAAUAUAAAUUGACUGAAAAAGCCGAUCAAGAAAAGACGAAGCGGAAGUGGAAGAAGAUAUUGGUUGAAAUUAGGAAGCAUGGAAGAGCCAAAAAACGCCGGGGAAAUUAA